UUCCUUCCGGGGCGCCGCCGGCCAUUUUGUGGCGUUAAGCCGCGCGCGCGGGCGGUUCCCUCUCAUUUCCUCGUCGCGGCGGGACGGGGCGGCCGCUCCUGGCGCUUCGCUCCGGCCUCGGGCCGCCCCUCGGACCCUGAGGUUUAUUCUCUUCGGCCGCCGCCGCCCCUCAGGGGCUCCUGCCCACCAUGAGCUACGGCCGCCCGCCGCCCGAUGUGGAGGGCAUGACGUCCCUCAAGGUGGACAACCUGACCUACCGCACCUCCCCGGACACCCUGCGGAGGGUCUUUGAGAAAUACGGCCGCGUGGGCGACGUCUACAUCCCCCGGGACCGCUACACCAAGGAGAGCCGCGGGUUCGCCUUCGUGCGCUUCCACGACAAGCGGGACGCGGAGGACGCGAUGGACGCGAUGGACGGGGCGGUGCUGGACGGCCGGGAGCUCCGCGUGCAGAUGGCCCGCUACGGCCGCCCGCCCGACUCGCACCACAGCCGCCGCGGGCCGCCGCCCCGCCGGUACAGCAGCAGCGGCUACGGCCGCCGCAGCCGCAGCCCUAGAAGACGCCGUCGCAGCCGAUCUAGAAGCAGGAGCCGCUCUAGGUCCCGCAGUCGGUCCCGCUACAGUCGGUCCAAAUCCCGGUCUCGCACACGCUCUCGGUCUCGCUCCACCUCCAAGUCCAGAUCUGCCAGGAGAUCCAAGUCAAAGUCCUCAUCUGUCUCCAGAUCCCGAUCCAGGUCAAGAUCCCGGUCCAGAUCUAGAAGCCCUCCCCCUGCCUCAAAGAGGGAAUCCAACUCUAGAUCCAGGUCUAAGAGCCCUCCUAAGUCUCCGGAAGAAGAAGGAGCUGUAUCCUCCUAGGAACAUGGUAAUGUACCUCGGGGUCAGCACAGGAUGCAUGUUACUUUAUUAGAUCACUUAGGUGGGGUGUUGGGUAGUUCUUGGAGCAUUAAUAGCCUGAACCAAGUGAAUCCUAGUGGGGCACAUUGUUAGUUGUUGGUUUUGGUUUUUUUUUUCUUGAGCAGUGAUUUUUUUGGUUAUUGAUUUAGGGAAAUAAUUACUGAAGGGUUUUCUACGGAGAAAAUUUUUUUUUAAACAGAGAAAAUGUUUUAUUGCAAGAUUAAUGCCUUGGUUUUAAUAAAAUAUUGUAUGAGACGCAACCUAUGAUGCAAAUGACUAUUUCUUACUGUAUUUAUCCAACAUCUGCAUUUUCCCCUUUAAAGCUGCGGUCUCCUGUUUGCUAAAAGAAUAUUGGCCAGUAUUGCAGAUUUUAACUGAUUUGGCUGAUCCUCCAGGGACCAGUUUCUGUGGGCGUGUGUUGGAGCAGGUUUGUCUUACACUGUUAAAGAUACACUAUCCUUUUAGAACGGAAGAUCGGUUCAGUGGCCGUUGUACUGACUGGAGGUAAUAACUGUCCUAGAAAAGUGGUAAAUUCCUUGCAACGAGAAAACCACGGAAACUAGUUUUUUCCUCAAGUCGACAUCUGGAAGAGGCAUCUAAGGAUACACUGGGUGGGGAAAGGAUAGUGUGUCUUUAACCCUUCAAACUGUUUGGUCCUAUUUUUUAAAAGGAAAGGGCCUGAGCUAGCUCUGGAGUUAGAUAAUUGUAGCAAAAUUAGUCACAUUUUCGGUUUUGAAUGCUAAUUAGAGCUUAGUUAAGUCUUUAUGAAGAAGUAUUAGUUUUGUAACUUUUAUAGAACUCUGAAUAAUUGAGUGGUGAACAGGCUGAAUUGAAGUUAAUGGCGGCUUUAUCUACAGCCUGGUGCUUAUUCUCCUCUGUAACUAAAUAUUUUGACCAAACCUUACAUUUGGCCUCUGAAGUAAAGCAACAUGGGGGGAGGUGGAACACUGUGGAAAUUCUUAAAACUUAAUUAAAUUAGUCAAAGCCAGUUGAAACACAACUAGAAGUAUCCCUGAAGUCAUCCACACCCAAAAUGGACAAGGUAGAAACCUGGCUGAAUUUUUCUCUCUUCAAACCUAGAUGCUUCAGCUAAAUGAGAGCCCAGAUAAAGGACGCCUUUGGGGGGAAAAGAUCGCUUGAGUCUUCAGCCCAUUGGAGAGACCCUGGCCGAGCAACCAGCUGUUGAAAAGGCGCAGUUGUGUAGCAGUUGAGUAAUGCUGGUUAGCUGUUAAGGUGGCGUGUUGCAGUGCAGAGUGCUUGGCUGUUUCCUGUUGUCUCCUGAUUGCUCCUGUGUAACGAUGCCUUGUCGUGCAGAAACAAAUGGCUGUCCAGUUAAUUAAAAUGCCUGACAACUGCACUUCCAGUCACCCGGGCCUUGCGUAAAAAAAAUGGAGCAUACAGUGAGCACAUCUAGCUGAUGAUAUACACACCUUAUUUUUUCCAGAAUGGUAAAACUUACCAACCUACAUAUAUGAACUUACAUAUGAGAAUUGUAAUGUUAAGCAAAGAAAUGGUUCAUUCCUUUGUAAGUACUGAUUGGUGUAUCUUUUGCUUAAGACAUUCUGUACUAUACCCACUGUCUCUGUAGUUAAUAUUAAACAUUUUUUUCUGUGUUAACUUUUCUCAA